ACGGGGAGGGCAAGCAAGUGAGCGCCAGAAGGAGGCGGCCAGAGCAAGCGGGCGCCGCGCGUGAGGCGAGGCGUGAGGGGAAGCCGCCUGCCGCCCCCUUGGCCGUCCCUUCGCUCCCCCUCCCUGCUCCCCGCCGGAACCAAGGAGGGCACCAUGUCUGCGCCGACGGCCAAAGUCAGUAAAAAGGAGCUCAACUCCAAUCACGACGGGGCCGACGAGACCUCAGAAAAAGAACAGCAAGAAGCAAUUGAACACAUUGGUAAAGUACAAAAUGAAAUAGACAGACUUAAUGAACAAGCCAGCGAGGAAGUUUUGAAAGUAGAACAAAAACAUAACAAACUCCGCCAACCAUUUUUUCAGAAGAGGUCGGAAUUGAUCGCCAAAAUCCCAAAAUUUUGGGUAACAACAUUUAUCCACCAUCCACAAGUGUCUGCGCUCCUUGGGGAGGAAGACGAGGAAGCCCUGCAUUAUUUGACCAGAGUUGAAGUGAGAGAAUUUGAAGACAUUAAAUCGGGUUACGGAAUAGAUUUUUAUUUUGAUGAAAAUCCUUACUUUGAAAAUAAAGUUCUCUCCAAAGAAUUUCAUCUGAAUGAGAGCGGUGACCCGUCUUCAAAGUCCACCGAAAUCAAAUGGAAAUCUGGAAAGGAUUUGACAAAACGCUCAAGUCAAACGCAGAUUAAGGCCCGCAGGAAGAGGCAGCACGAAGAACCAGAGAGCUUCUUUACCUGGUUUACUGACCAUUCUGACGCAGAUGCUGACGACUUAGGAGAGGCCAUCAAAGAUGAUAUUUGGCCAAAUCCUUUGCAGUACUAUUUGUUUCCCAAUAUGGAUGAUGAAGAAGGAGAGGCAGAUGAUGAUGAUGAUUACGACGAAGAAGAAGGGUUGGAAGAUACUGAUGAAGAAGGAGACGAGGAUGAAGAUGAUGACGAUGAGGAUGAAGGGAAGGAAGGAGAGGAGGGUAAAGGCCGGGAUAACUAGCACAGAAGACCGAUGGAUCCAACCUUCUUUUUCAUUUUCUUUUCAUUAUUUAAAUUUCUCCAGUCCCUGAGAGCGAGUUGCAGUCCUUUCCUCCCUGUCCCUCUGUGCUCAGCCGUCCUGUUUUUGAGGUCUCAACAUCAUGGUUCUCAACUAAUUUGGGGGAAAAUAUCUUGAGCAAAAUACAACAGGAAAAGAAUCUUCA